ACUGAUGUUAAAAAUGUUAAAACAAAUUCCUCCAACAUAGUCGAUGAAAGAAGUAACUUUUUUUUUUCACAACACAGUAAAAUAAUAGACACACAAUAAUGUAUGUAUGUUUUUUAUGAGCUACCAUUGCUAACCAUUUUUUUUGCUAGUGGGCCCCGCUAGACAUUUUAAAACUUGCACACACAAAAGGUGAUGUUUGGUUUGAAAUGGCAGCCUUUUCAUUUCCCAGAUUGUUGAGUUUGGUGAAGAAAAAGUGAAAUGAGUGACAUUCAAGAAACCAGAGAACAAUUUUUAACUCAAAUCUGGAAAAAAGUUGUAAGGCAUUAUAAAGGCUCAAAUAGUAGUUGAACCUGUAACUUCGUUGGCAAUGGAUGAAAUGGAAGGCACUAGGAAGCUUCUUGCAGCUAGGCAGCUCUUGAAAACCAGCCUUGAAAAGUCGAGAGACGUUGCAUCUGCACUGGCCAAUGGUGGACCAAGAUUGAGAGACGUGGCUCAAAGACUCACAAGUUUGGAAACCAAGCUCGUUCAGAUUCAGAAGUGCAGCUCUUUCGCUGUCGGAGCCCAGAUAGAUCACACCAUUGGACUUGCAGCCGCGCUUCUUAAUGUUCUCAACACUGUUUCUGAACUUCAGAAGUCACUCAUGACUGAUUCUUGUUCUCAUCUCUCCGUUUACCUCUCUGUUAUGAAACAGUUUGAAGAAGCACUUAAAUUUCUUUCUGAUAACUGCAGUCUUACAAUUCAGUGGUUGGAGGGAAUUGUUCGAUUCGUUGAAGACAAUGGAGCAGUCACUGAUGAGUGUCUUCUCAAUGUCAAAAACUCAUUGAUAGUUCUUCGGGAGUUGCAGGCUGUUGAGGAUAAUGCUCGUGUUGAUGGAGGGCCUCUUAGUUUUGCAUUGAACAAGCUUGAAUUCGAAUUCAGGAAGUUAUUGAGAGAUCACAGUGUUUCGCUUCAUCUGGGUCCUGUGUUGUUGACCAAUGAAAGCCAAGCCUUCAUCGGUUCCUCACCAAAAUCUGUAGUUGAAGAACUGAAGUUGAUUCUUACUAGACUGAAAGCCAACAAUCGGAUCAAUAAUUGCAUAUCAAUAUAUGUUGAAUUUCGGAGUUUAAAUGUUGGGCAAAGUUUACAAACUCUUGGUUUGGAUUAUCUCGAGACGUCAAUCGAUGACUUGAGCAAUAUGCAAAGCAUUGAAGAUCAUAUAAACCGAUGGAGCAAGCAUCUUGAGCUUGCUGUUAAGGAUUUAUAUGAGCCUGAAUAUAAACUCUGCAAUGACAUAUUCGAGACAAUUGAAACCGACGUCAGGAUCAAAUGUUUCACUAGGAUUGUGUCACAAUCCGGCUUUCUUUCUCUCCUCCAAUUUGGGAUAAAAGUUGCCCAAACCAAGAAGGACCCCAUCAAGCUCCUAAACCUACUAGACAUUUUCUUGGUUCUAGACAACUUAAGGACAGACAUGAACAAGCUGUUCGGUGGGAAAGCUUGCACAGAGAUUCAAGCUACAACAAGGGAUCUCGUAAAACAAGUCGUAAAUGGAGUAUGUGAGGUUUUCUCGGAACUUCCAAUUCAAGUUGAAUUGCAAAGACAGAGUUGUCCUCCAGUAGAUGGCGACGUUCCAAGUUUGGUAAGCUUUGUCACUGAUUACUGCAACAAACUGCUUGGAAACCAUUACAAACCAAUCCUAAACCAGGUUCUAAUCAUCCAUCAAAGCUGGAAUCACGAGACGUAUCAGGAGGACCUUCCGCAGAACCAGAUUUACAUGAUCAUAAAAGAACUUGCUCUAAAUCUAGAUGCAUGGGCAAAGGCCUACCAAGAUAUCUCAAAGUCCUACUACUUCAUGAUGAACAACCACUGCCAUUUUAGCAAUCUGAAAGGUACGAAACUGGGUGAAAUGAUGGGGGAUGAUUGGUUAGACGCACACAACCAAUACAAGGAAUAUUACGCAGCGCUUUACCUGAAAGAAAGCUGGGGAGAGCUUCUAAGUCUUGUAAAUCAGAAGGGUCAGCUUCCAUUUGAAGGUGAGAGAGCGGAAUAUAACGAUCUGUUGAAGAAAAGGCUAAGGAAGUUCUCUGAGGCAUUUGAACAAACAUGUAAGAGGCAAUCAAAGUGGGUAAUAUCAGAUGAGAGCUUGAGAGAGAGAAUUUGCCUGCUUUUAGUGCAGGCAAUUGUGCCUGUUUAUAUGAAGAAUUUCGAGGCUUUGGUAGAACAAGAUCGAAGCGCUGCUAAAUACUUGAAGUACACUGCAGAGAGUAUGGGGAGUAUGAUUAGCUCUCUGUUUCGACCAGUGUUGAGUGAGCAAAGAAGCAGUGGUCACAGCCAUGGCCAUGGCCGCUUCAUUGGCAAAAUUAAGAGCCUUGUGACCAAUCAAUUUCGUUUUUCUGUCACUGCUCUGUGACUUUAUCUCUUCUCAUCACCGCUCGUUAAUUUGUGCAAUUUACAUAAACCACCCCUAAUUAUAGUUAAUUAAUGUAAAUCACCACCAUUGCACAAUAAUUUUUUGUAUAUAUAUACACGCACGAACGUAAAAUAUAUA